AUGGAGUCAGACAUUUUGCAAACCUCCCAGGAAGCACUCACCUGCUUGAUUUGCCGAGGCAUCUUUAUGGAUCCAGUCUUGUUAAGGUGUGACCAUAAUUUCUGCAAGGCCUGUCUCAUCCUUUCUUCAGAAGAUAUCAGAAUCCCAGACCUCUGCCCUGAAUGUAGGGAACCAUCCCCGCAGAUGUUCAUAAAUUAUAUCACUAUGAAGACUCUGGAAUCUACUGCGAGAGAACACAGGAUCAUGAAGUAUUUGAGUUCUGAGGAUCACAAGUGUGUGAUCCACAAGGAGAGAAAGACAAAAUUCUGUGGUGAGAGCAGUGCCCUCCUCUGUCAAUUGUGUUCUGACUCCCAGGAUCACAGAGGUCACAGACACUGCACCAUUGAACUGCGUGUUACAAAGCAAAUGGACUUUUUGACCCUACGGGAGGAAAUGAUCAGGUCAGAGUAUAGCAAACUAUAUCCACCCAACGAUGAAGAAGAGAAUCAACAAAUGGAGUUUAUGAAAAAUCAAAGCAAUACUAUUUUAGAUGAGCUCAAGAAAAGUGAAGCCAUGAUGGUCCACAAGAGGAGUCAACUAAUAGAAUUGUAUCAGGAGCUGAAGGCGAUGUCCCAGAAGCCAUAUGAGGUGUUGCUGCUGCAGGAUUUGGACGACUUGUUCAGAAGGAGUGAGUUAGUGCAGCUGACACAGUGUAUGAAACCAAAACUCAGUGUCCUUCCCAAUACUGGGCUGGCUGCAAGGUUCAACCACUUCCAAGUGAAAAUUUUCUUUCAAAAUUUAGUCCUGUUCAAGUGCCAGCCAAGACGAUUUUUUAAUUUCAGAAGACUCAGCUUUAGACCCCGCAAUGACAUUCCAUUUCUGGAUGUACCUGGAUCUUAUCGUACUUCCUGGGGAGCAGAGAGCUUUACCACUGGAAAAUAUUACUGGGAGCUGGAUUUGAAGGACCAUGAGCAAUGGGCUGUAGGGGUCUGUUACAAUUUCUGGUUGAGAAACUUUGAUAUUGGAUCUGAAGGUGCAUUUCUUCUUGUGUGUUUGAAGGACGGUGAUGUUUACAGUCUUCUCACCACCUGCCCAUCAUUGCACCACUAUAUAGAGAAGCCAGCUGGCCGGGUUGGCGUGUUCCUUGAUUGUGAGGGUGGAUAUGUGAGUUUCCUGGAUGUAGCCAAGAGUUCCCUCAUAUACAGCUACUGCCCUGGAACUUUCUAUUACACUGUCAGGCCUUACUACUGUACUGUCUGCACAUGA